GCUCUUCAGUCUCCACUCUCCCUUCUCACCGCAGACUGAACGUCACGUCCGCACUUGAACUUGAGUUUUCUCCCAUUGUAGAAGCCAGAGAGCCGCACACAGCCGCACACCGCCGCACACAGCCCGGGGAUGCGGGACGCUGCAGCCAGCACAAAGAGAAAAGAGGGUGGCAGUCUGUCCUCAAACCAGCACUGGGCUUUGACUUGAAGAGUUCAAGUCUAACCCGCCCGCCUGGCUGGCACUGCCAGUGCAGCAGAAGAAGUGCCCACCACUUGGCGACACCCUGUGAAGUGCAGAGGAGAAAAUUGGAUCCCUAUUUUAAACACUUUCCCACAUUAAUUGGUGUCCAGUUACCUGCUUUGUCCGAGCAGGUACGCACGUUGUCCAAAGUGGCCGGAGAGUGGACACAGGUAGUGACCCACCACCAGGAGCUGACCGCCGACCUCCCGCGCCUCGCCGCGUCCCUCCACUCUAUUGCGCUCCUUCCUCCGCUCUCCUCUCACAGAUGGUGCGAAAGUAGCGGAAGGCAGAGCCGGACUAUCUCCCUCCCUCGCCACCGCCACGACCGAAGAAGGGAGGCGCACAACCACUUUGGCACCGAGCUCCGACCGAGCGCCCGGCCGCCCAGCGCUGCGCCACGGCCGGUCACCGCAAAGCGCAGUAGCCGCUGCCCGCUGGAGGGGGAUCCGCCGCAGAGGGGUCAGUUCGAGGGCCACAUUUGGGGCCAGUGCCGUGCAGUCCGUUUCGGGUGGCCAGCGAGCGGCCGGUUUUGGGGCCAGAUUGCGGUCGGUAUACCGGAGCAGCAGCAGCAGCAGCAGCAGCAGCAGGAGGAGGAGAACCGACCCUUCCAGCGCCGCUCUCCGGGCGAUGCCAGUGUAAAUGCCAGGGCGAUGUCCCGACGCAAGCAGGGGAACCCGCAGCACCUGUCCCAGAGAGAAAUAACACAGAUUGAGCACCCAGAUGGCAGCCUGCUCUCCGACUCCUUACUCCCACAGUCGCUUGGCCUCCCUCCCCACGCGUUGGAGCCCAGCCUGGCCCACGCCCUGCCACCUGGACUUCACGCCGACCACGACCUGCUGACAUGCGGCCAGUGCCAGGUGACCUUCCCGCUGGGCGACAUCCUUCUCUUCAUUGAGCACAAGAAGAAGCAGUGCCAAAUGCCGCUGCUGGCCAAUGGCUGCUACGACAAGAUGAGCGACCGCGGAGGAGGGAGUCCCACUCUGCAGGGCCUACAUCACCACGGCCAGCGGGUGGAGCUGAGGAAGGUGCUGGAGCCAGUGGAGAUCGGCAUUCAGGUGACACCUGAGGAGGAGGAGGAAGAGGUGGGAGGAAGAGGAAGAGGGGAGAGGAGAGAGAGGACGCCCAUCAAAGGAAUUUGCCCCAAGCAGGAAAACGCACUGGCAGGUGGCAGGGAUGAGCCUUCCAGCUAUAUAUGUACCACAUGCAAACAGCCCUUCCCCAGCGCCUGGUUCCUGCUGCAGCAUGCCCAGAACAUCCAUGGCAUUCGCAUUUACCUGGAGUCCAACCCCUCCAGCACAGCCCUCACUCCACGCAUCACUAUGCCCCCGCCCAUGGGCAACGACUCCAUCCCACAGUCCCCCCUCACCAACUUUCUUGGGGACAACAAUCCUUUCCAUCUCCUAAGGAUGACAGGUCCCCUGCUACGGGAGCCUCCCCCAGGUUUUGUGGAGAACCGCCUUCCCAACACACCUCCGUUUGUCAGCCCCCCUCCCCGCCAUCUCCUGGACCCCCACCGGCUGGAACGCCUUAGUGCAGAGGAAAUGGGCCUCAUCUCCCAGCACCCUAGUGCCUUUGAGAGGGUGAUGCGGCUAACACCUAUGGCCAUGGAGUCCCAGUCUAUGGACUUCUCCAGACGAUUACGUGAGUUGGCAGGGAACAACAACAUUACCACACCACCAUUAUCACCCAGCAGGGCCAACCCUAUGCACCGACUACUAAACCCCAACCCCUUUCAGUCCGGACCAAAAUCUCCCUUUCUUAGCACACCCCCCUUACCACCAAUGCCCCCAAAUAGCACCACCCCUCCCCAGACACAGAACAAGGUCAAGUCCUGUGAGUUCUGUGGUAAGACCUUCAAAUUUCAGAGCAACUUGGUGGUGCAUCGGCGCAGCCAUACCGGAGAAAAACCUUACAAGUGCCAGCUGUGUGACCACGCCUGCUCUCAGGCAAGCAAACUGAAGCGCCACAUGAAGACACACAUGCACAAGGCUGGAUCCCUGACCGGGCGCUCAGAUGAUGGACUGUCUACCACGAGCUCUCCAGAGCCAGGUACCAGUGAUGUCACAGGUGAGGGCAUGAAGAAUCGUGACGGGGACUUCCAGGGGGAAGGCAACGAGGAGGAAGAAGAGGAAGAAGAAGAAGAGGAACUUGAGAAUGAGAGUCGACCAGAAUCCAACUUCAGCAUGGAGUCUGAGUUCUACCGCAACAGGGAGAAUGGUUCUAAACCAUUAUCAGAGGAGAAGUCAUCACUCGCUCUUGAGAAGAUGAUGGAGGGUGGGGGCCUCAACUCAAUACAGCAGUACAAUAAUUUAAUAGUUGACAAUCGUAAAAGGAUGCCCUUCUCUAAGAGGGGCUCAGAUGGGCUGCGGGACACUGGGGAUGAAGACUCAGUGGUUGGCGAAAUAAACCACCACCAGCAGGAAGAGAGGACCACCAUUAAUGGCCGGAACUGUGGCUCUGGUGACUCUUUCUCAGGCCUGUUCCCCCGUAAGCCCACACCCAUCACUAGCCCCAGCCUGUCCAACUCUUCAAAUAAGAGGAUCAAGAUUGAGAAGGACUUGGACCUUCCUCCAGCACCCCACAUUCCCUCAGAGAACGUCUACUCCCAGUGGUUGGUGGGCUACGCUGCCUCACGACACUUCAUCAAAGACCCUUUCCUAGGUUUCACCGACUCCAGACAAUCUCCCUUUGCCACCUCCUCUGAGCACUCAUCAGACAAUGGCAGCCUGCGGUUCUCAACACCUCCGGGUGACCUGCUGGAUGGUGGCCUUUCCGGCCGCAGCGGCACCGCCAGUGGGGGCAGCACACCACAUCUGGGUGGAGGUCCUGGACCAGGUCGACCUGGCUCCAAGGACAGCAGGAGGUCUGACACCUGCGAAUACUGUGGAAAGGUGUUCAAGAACUGUAGCAACCUGACGGUGCAUCGGCGCAGUCACACAGGUGAAAGGCCCUACAAGUGUGAGCUGUGCAACUAUGCCUGCGCCCAGAGCUCCAAGCUCACGCGCCACAUGAAGACACAUGGCCAGCUUGGUAAGGACGUCUACCGCUGUGACAUUUGCCAAAUGCCCUUCAGCGUGUACAGCACUCUGGAAAAACACAUGAAAAAGUGGCAUGGAGAACAUUUGAUGACAAAUGAGGUCAAAAUUGAACAAGCAGAGAGAACCUAAAACAGGUUCUUUAUUUCCAUAAUCUGUGCCACACUUUGACUUAAAAAAAAAAAAAAAAAAAACUAAAUGGGGAGCUGGAUACUCUUUUUCUGAGAUAUUCAUUUUGGGUUAAUUUUGGGUUUUGCCUAAGAAACUGCCAACUAAGAAAAAAAGAAAACAGAGAUCUUGACACCAAUUGAAGCUGUUUAAACUGCCUCAUUUGGAGUUCCUUUUAAAACAAUCAGUCACUUGAGUUUUAACAUAUGUGGAGCCUUUAACUGUGCAAUAAUUUCUGUAUUUAUUGGAUUUUGUAUUUUGGCAUGUGCAGGUAAAUUUUUUAUUUAGGCUUUUUCUAUUUGUAAUACUUUGACUUUAAGUUACUCUUUUUUUUAGUAACCCACAUUAUAUCCUUAGAGUUUUUCUUUUUUUUAAAGUCAAUUUUAAUUAAACCUUUUUGGCCGCCACAUGUAGGAAAAUUGAAUAUUAAGCUAAAAAUGUGAUUUCUCGAAGAGAAGCUGAAUUCAAUCUUCAAUUUGGCAGUGGCGUUAACUGAGAUUGCUAGAAUUAGUUUGUUUUGUGUGACGAUGAUAUGCGGACAACAAUCCUUGGCAUUGUAGCAUGAACUGAUUCUUAAACAUGUCAAUAUAAUUGGAAAUGUAGCACUGAGUGUCAUAUUUGACAGUAAAUGUAAAAUCAAAGUGGUUUCUUCCUGAGAACACCAUAACCAGCCAGAAGAAACAGAUUCUAGAUAAGGCAGCUGCUGACUGGUACAUAGUACCAAAUCCUGACAAAGCUACAACCAUCCCUAAUUUCUUCUCCUUGCCACACCCCUUCCACUUAUUACCAACUAACCUACAUUCAUACAUCAAUGUAUUAUACUUUGCAUGAAGCCAUAUGAUCUAGGCUAUAUUAUUUAUUAGGAGUAAACUGACCACGAAGCCAUGCAUAAUACAUAGAGAGAUGGAAGAACCAGACAUGAGAGCGAGCACAGGGACAUCUCAGGGUGAGCUAUACUACUUUUAUUUAUUUAUCCCACUCCUAUGUUUCAGAGGCAUUUACAUUUCAUCAUAUGUUGAAAUCUUUUGAGACAGUUAUGUCCUCUUGCCCUGCCCUACCUGCUUAGUUUUCAAGCUAUAUACUAUUUCAAAGAGGGGUCAUUAUAACAUGAUUUAGUUAGGUGAGGGCUAAAUGUAUGUGCAUACUAUGGCAGAUGUCAACACUUUAACUGGAUUUCUGCAGAAAAUGUAUGUCUCACAUUUUAUUUUUCAAAUUUAUAUAAAAAUUUUGUGCAAAAACAUUUACAAAGACAUGAGCAGUAAAUUUUGACUUGUAUUGUUACAGUGGUUAAUCUGAUUAAUGAAGUCACUCUGCAGGAAUAAAAAUUCUUUAAAGCUACAUUUUUGUGGGACAAUUUUGUGUAGAAGAGGGAAAUGUGUAUGUUUGCUGAAAUAGUAGGACUAAACAAGCAGCACCAGCUCGCUCCAUGCUCUCUUUGUAAUUUUAGAUAUCAUAACCCCAGUUUUAUUUCAUACUGGCACUUUUUUAUUUUUAAAUCAGAUCUAAUUUAUUGUUGUCAAUAUACAAAUUACAGAGCUCUGAACAACAGACCUGCACUUUUUUUUUUUCAGUCAGACACACACAGAAAGAUGGUCAGAAAAAGUUACUAAAAGGGUCUAGAGCUUGGGAUCUCCUGACAUUGAACUGCCCAGGGUUGUUAGGCAUGGCUUUCCCAAUGCUGGCACAAAAAAAAAAGAAAUUAUGAUAAUAAUGAUGAAUCCAGGACAGUUUUUGUACUGCCAUUCAGUUUGACAUGAGUGUGCCUUGAAUAACAAUCUUCUUAUUUAUUGUCAAAGACAAAUGCAACAGAUUUAUGAAGCAUCAAAUUGAAUGAGAUAAUUUUUUUUAUUGAUGUGUAAUUUGACAUUUCAGCUAAUUAUUUAAAUCAAGACAUAUGAAACGAUGCUGAGUUUAGGUUAGGAGUGCCCAGCACACUACUUAUGUGUCUGUGUGUAUAUAUGUAUUCAUAUGUACAUAUAAAGACACAAACAUAUAUAUAUAUAUAUAUAUAUAUAUAGAUAUAUAUCAAAUUCCUCACUCAUAAGAACAUGUUUGUCCCUCAACAGAAAAUCCCAGGAGUGAACAAAAGCCACACAAAAAGUCAAGGAAGACCUGGACAGAAAUCAGGAACUACAGAAGCUAAAAAAGAUUUUAGUGAACUGUGUCUUAAAAUAAGUUUACAGUAUUGAAACAAGUACAAGGGUAAAAUAAUAUUUGUGUGUAUGUGUAUUUUGAACAAACAAGUAUUUUUUUUCUAGGUUUGCUUCUAAAGUUCCUCUGAAUGCCAUACUGGCGACGUGUGUAUUGUUUAUAUAUAUAAUUUUUUUUUUUCCCUUUCUUUAAUUUUGGUGACGGGGUUUUAGUAUAUAUAUAUAAAUAUAUAUGAAUAUAUAUUACAUUUUUCUUGUUUACUGUCAAAGUAUACCAGUAUUUGUAAUAUUGGAGAAUGCCUGGGCAUUUUACAAAAAUAGAAAAAAGAUUGUUUUGAAUUUUUUAUUUUGCAGUCCAAUUUAAAUUGUGGGUCUCUUAAACUGUUUUUGUCACUGUAACUGUAUAAGUCUUCAGUUUUAGUAACUUUUAUUCUGCCUUGGGUGUAAUGAAAUAAAAAAUAAAUGAAAUAAAAAAUGA